AUGUCUGCUUUAGCCUAUCAGAACACAUACCAACAAAGACAUGUCGGCUUUCCUCCACUUGCCGCAACAAAGAGAGACCCGGGUCCCAAAGAGGAGGAUAAAGGAGGAAUAAAGCAAGAAAUCCAGCUGCCUGAGGGGCUACGCAGAGAGUCCAUGCCGCAGCAUGUUACUGUAAUCAUGGACGGAAAUUCCAGGUGGGCUCGGCAACGAGGGUGGCUUACACCUUCAGGUCAUGAAGCUGGUUUCAAAUCAUUGAUAGAAUUUAUGAAGCUUUGCCUUCAAUGGGACAUUAAAGUUCUCACCGUUUUCGCAUUUUCUAUAGAUAAUUGGAAUAGGCCUAAGGCGGAGGUUGGUAUCAUCAUGAGUCUCAUUGAGAAGCUGUUAAAGUCUGAGAUUGAUGAUUUUAUGAUGGGAGGUACUCGAGUCUCCGUGAUUGGGGACACUUCAAGGCUCCCAAAGUCUUUGCAGAGAACGAUACGUGACACAGAGGAGAUGACAAGAGGGAACUCAAGGUUACAUUUUAUCAUGGCAGUCAGCUAUAGUGGGACGUAUGAUGUUGCUCAAGCAUGCAAAAGAAUUACAGAUAAGGUGAAGGACGGUGCUUUUCAAGUGGAGGACAUCAAUGUAAGUUUAGUUGCGCAGGAGUUGGAAACCAAAUGCUGUGAGUUUCCUUGCCCUGAUCUAUUGAUAAGGACGAGUGGUGAACUUAGAAUUAGCAACUUCUUGCUCUGGCAGUCAGUCUACAGUGAACUCUUCUUUGCAAAACAACCCUGGCCUGAUUUUGGAAAGGAUGAAUUUGUAGAGGCCUUGAUUUCAUAUCAGCAAAGACAGAGUCAGGCUCAAUCGUUGAGACUCUGCCGGGCUUCGAAGGGUCUCUACCAUUCAAACUUGAAACUGGGGAAGCCUCGAGAAGACCCUCUUUUAGUCUAUUUGAUUGGAGGCCCUGGCUGUUCUACAUUGACCGGAUUUUUCUUCCAAGCUGGUCCACUAAUUUUUAAUACAACUGAUUAUCUUGGAGGCUUGCCAGAGUUAUUGUAUAAUCCAUAUUCAUGGACGAAGACAGCUAGUAUAAUAUUUGUGGAUUAUCCUGUUGGAACUGGUUACUCCUAUGCAACGACCUCAGAAGCUUACCAUCUGACAGAUACAACAUCAGCAAAACAAGUGCACCAAUUUUUGAGAAAGUGGUUGAUUGAUCAUCCUGAAUUUACCGAAGUUCCAUUCUUCCUCGCAAGUGAUUCGUAUGCUGGUAACGAAGCUGGACUCCAAUCACAUAUAAAUCUAAAAGGAUUCGCGAGUGGAUCGCCACAUACGGAUAGGGUCCUUGAGCGCAACUCUAGAGUAACUCUUGCUUACCGUUUGGCACUGAUAUCACGGAGCCUUUACGAGUCAGCGGAAAACAGCUGCAAGGGGAAUUAUGUUGAUGUAGAUCCCUGUAAUGCAGCAUGUUUAGAGGAUCUUGAAAAAAUCGAACCGAACUCUGAGUACGUACUUGUUGAUAAAUGGGCCAAUGAUAAAAGAGUUCAAGAUGCUCUACAUGUUAGAAGGGGAACAGUCAGAACAUGGUACAGAUGCAAUCUUUUCUUACAAGAUGUCUUGUACACAUAUAAUAUUCUCAGCGCUGUUGAUUAUUAUCAAAAUCUGACCAGAACAGGCUUAAAAAUUCUGAUUUACAGUGGCGAUCAUGACAUGGCUGUUCCAUAUAUAUCUACCGAAAGAUGGAUCAAUUCUCUUAAUAUAACAGUAGACAGCGAUUGGCGACCAUGGUUUGUCGAUGGCCAAGUUGCAGGGUAUACAGUAAAUUACGCAGAUUAUGGAUUUCGUUUGACAUUCGCGACUCUGAAGGGAGCUGGUCAUUCUCCUACUCAGUACGCGACAGGAUGGUCAAAUCUCAAGCUCUUUUUAUAUUACUACCUCCUUAAGAUGAAAAAGAUUCAAGAAAGCCUUCGAUCUCUAUCAGUAAAGCUAGGGUUGAAGAAGAUGAAGAAGGAGGCCGGUUACGAGAAGCUAGUAGCCAAUCCAAGAAGGCACUUUCUAGUGUAUGUUAGUGAUGAAGAACCUGAUGGAAAGCUAAAACGUUACGAUGUUCCAAUUGCAUGCACAUCUUCGAUAAUUUUUCAAGCUUUGCUGCGUCAGUUCGAGGAUAUCCUGAUGGUAGACAAAGUGCCAAUCACAUUAUCUUGCUCAAAACAGAUGUUUAAGUCGGCCCUCAAACUUUCUGUUGAUGGGUUAUGGAUAUCAGAGGUUCGUGAUUCAUGA